AUGGCGCCUAACUUCUUCCGGUAUUUCUUGGGUUGCUUGGUCCGAGCUCAAGAGGAAGGUCUCGAAUUUGGUCUCGGGGAGUUGAGGCCAUUAUUUGCCAUAAAUCGAAACAACGGCUUCCCUGUCACGGUGAUUCUUUCUCCUCGAGGUGGUCGUGGUAUCAUCGAAGGCAUUCCUAAUAAGGAUGAUCGAUGGAGGGAGAAGUUCUUCGUUUUUAAGAUAAACUGGUCAGAGAUUUUGAUUUCGAGAGGAUCCCUCGGGAAUGAGCCUUUUGGAUAUGCGCCUAUGUCUCCCGAGCUUCAUGGGUUAAUGGAGACUUUGCGUCGAGGUAGCACUCGAUGGCUCUCCUUUACUCCUGACCAAAUUCGAGCCGCCUGCGCUCUCCCACCGGGUGCGAAUCGUGGUACUCAUGUCGCCUUGGUGGCCCCUGUUCGGCCCAAGAGAGGUCGGGGCACCAAAAGGAAGAAGGAGAAAGAGGGGUUGCUCGAUCGUCCAGACGAAUCUUAUGAGGCCGGGUCAUUAGAGCGAGCUCGGAAAGUCCAGCAGGGGCAGGUCCUUAGACCGAGGUCACAUGCUCAGUCUCCUGGUCUUCAUGCUAGGCCAGUGUCGGUCGCUAUUCCAUCUGGUGGAGCUCGUGAGGCACCGGAUACAUCGGCGAGUUCUGCUGGUGAUCGAGCUCUUAAUGACGAGAUCGAUUCGUCGUCUCAUCAAUCUCGACGUCGGGUCUUGGAGGAGAUUAACUCUGUGACUUCGGGAUCGUCGAGCCCGAGAAUUUCUCCGCCGUUAGGUGCUUCUGGUGAAGGCACUUUGCGGUUUAACCCCGGUGUCCUUCCUUUGAGCGUGCCCGAAGCUUUUUCGUGGUCGUUUGCGUAUGACAGCGAGGUCCCUAUCCUUGAGAACCCCGACUCCCUUGCAGCGAUUUGGUGUAAGGUCAGAGUAGAAGGAUGCGAGCUCACUUCUUUGGAGCACAUGCGAGAGCGCGACGCCUAUGUUCGGAUGGCGGUCGCAAAUGCCAAGGCUAUGGAGGCGAGCAAUGAUUAUGCCGCUUUAAUGGAGGGGAGAUUGGAAAAUUUUCCUAGUAAGGAAGAGAUCGCGGGUCACCUUCUCACAAUCCAACAGCUUCGGGGUGAGUUGGGUGCUGCUCGGGAGGUGGAGAGACAGCGCGAAGUGGAGAUUGAGCAAUUGAAGAAGAAGUUGGUGGCUGCUGAGGCAGAAAAGGUCAUUGUUUAG